AUGGCGGAGGACAGGGAGGUAUUACGAUACAUAUGGGACGGAAGAUUACCUGUCUGUUUUAAUUUAAGUUCAGAUGAGGUGGUUACCGUAGAACAGCCAGAUCCUUACUACGUAAGUAUUGUUUUACCCUAUAUAAAUUGAGGUGGUUUAAGUGCCAAGUUGAAUGCAUUGAGCUGUUUUAGCAGUGAGUUAUUUCUCUUCAGUGUAAUUUCUUCAUAGCAGUCGGAAACAUUUUUCUUUCUGUGUUUCUGAAAUCCCAUGAUGGAUCUCUUAUAAUAAUUUCUGUGGGUAGAAAAUAACUGGUUCAAUAUGUCUUUCAGCUGUUGGUCCCAAGACUGAGUUACCUGACUCUUGUAACGGAUAAAGUUCAACGACAUUUCCAAAGGGCAAUCAGUAAUGAAAGUGUUGAUGAAGUGUGGUUUGAAUAUGAUGGACAGCCAUUGAAAUGGUAGGUGUUUCUAAGAUUCUACCUUAAAGGCGAAAGUGUGUGAAAAAUACAGGCUAGUCAUUACUUCUUAUCUUAUCCGCAGGUCAAUUUGUAUAUGUUUGAUUUGCUUUAGUAUUUCCACCUUAAUAUUAGUUUGCAAGUUUUCCAUACGUUUUCCAAGGUUAACUCAUAAAGAAACUUUGCUAAUCAGUCAAGAGCCUCUAGACUUGCCGAUCAUUUCCUUAAUUCAUCUGACCUUAAUUUUUUAUUCAACCACGAUACUGUCAGGAGAAAUUAGUUGCUGAUCUUUCUUAGGGGUUAACGGUUUUGGACUAAAGGAUUUAUGAAUGGGUGUUAGUGCAGGUAUUCUCACAACAUGGUGAGAAUUUUUCUACCAUAUAAGACAAGGCCAAUUCUCAAGGUUGUUUAAACAGGUCAUUUUUCAAAAGUCAAUUUUUUAGGUGGUUUAACCAGGUCAUGUCUGAAAGGUUAGUUAGAUUUUGUAGAUAUUGCGUGGAAUUAAACCUUUACAUCCUAACAUCAGCAUGCAUAUUCUCCAUACUUUUUCCUAUACAUUUCCUAAGGUGCUGAGAAAGAGAAUUUGUUCAUCAAUCAAGAAAAUCUUUGGUUGGUGAUCAUUUCCUUUAUUCUCAUAACCUGACUGUGUGUUGCAAGGGUUAUACUGUUGGGAGAAAUUACAUGCCAGUCACUCUCAGUGGUUAAAGGGUCAUGAAAAUUUCGGAAUAAAAAAUAAGUCUAGUAAACAAGUUUAACCAUGUUUGUUAUAUGUUUUCAAAUUCAUUUACAAGGAUUUAAGAACCAAUCAAAAGUUGCAUUUUUCUCAAGAUUUGCCUUGCUUUGUAGCUCAUUUGUUAGUGGCACUGAGCUAGUACCGUAUUUACUUGUGUAUAAGUCGAACUUGUGUAUAAGUCGACCCCUCAUUUUCAAGGUCAAAAAUCAAAUUUUUCUUCAUUUCAAGUCAAAGAAGUAACUCUUAUUUUGGAGAAUUUAUUGAAAACACAGGGAAUUAAAAAAAAUGCCGACCAAAAUGUAACCAUAUGCUGUGAAGUUUAUUAGCACUUGUUGAUAUCACCAUGAUUUAAGUAUAUUUGAGCACUUCGAUUUACUGGAGAAGUAUUUUACUAUAUUUUGUGAAUCAUAUUGAAAAUGAAAUCUUGCAUUAAUAUUGCCUUUAUCUUAAUGCUGAGUUUGAAGGAAGAUUAAUUAGACUGAAGGAGAACCAAAGAACUUCGAAGGAUCACACGUAAUAUACAAGACCGUGCGAGCCAGGUCACCAAGCCACUGAAAUCAUUUGAUGAAAACAAAAGUUCAGCACUGUUAACAGCAGCAAAGCUGGAGGCAAAAAUGUCUGCUCUAGAGUCUGGAGACACAAUAAAAAUCAGCUCCAGUAGCUUUUUGUUAAGCCACUUAAAAUUUAUUAUUUCAAACAUUUUUGUUGAGGAAGAAUGUGGUAAAAAGUGACGAAAUUCAAACACGAUUAGAACUGGUUUUAUAAACUUGGUUUUCCCAAUGGACUUCAGGUAAAUUUUAUGCUAAUUUCUUGGAUUGCUCAAAUCAGGUCUGUGUGUAUAAGUUGAGGGUGAUUUUUUGGUCAUAAAAGGUUGACUUAUACACAAGUAAUACAGUAUCUGGAAUGCAUGAGUGUAAUUCUUUUUGAACCCUGAAUUUUUUUCACUGAGUCUUAAUUAUCAAUGAUAAAUUUGCUUGCAGUCAACCAGUGAAUAUUGAUUCAUUAUGUCUUACAUUUCCCAAGAUUUGCCUAGCUUUGUAGCUCAUUUGUUAGUGGCACUGAGCCAGUAUCUGGAAUACACGAGUAUAAUCCCUUUGAACACUAUGUCUUUAUUAUCAAUGAUGAAUUUGCUUGCACUCAACUAGUGAACAUUGAUUCAUUACUUAUUACGUAUAUAUGCUGCUAAUCAGAACAACAAGCGACUUCCUUUUUUCCUUUCUUCCUUUCAAUUGCCCUAAUUGAUCCAGAGGAAUUAAUGGACAAAGUCAUGUGAUCUAUGUUUUACUUCACUUUAGGCACUAUCCUAUUGGUGUCCUGUUUGAUCUACAUGGUUCAUCUGCUUCUUUACCAUGGAAUCUUACAGUUCAUUUCCAGGUAAUUAGCAAAUAUCGAAUUUCCAAAUAGCUGAACUUGGUAAACGUAUUUACAUCACAAACUUAUAAAUUCAUCUUUUUUAUGGUUGAAACCUUAUGGUGUUCCAUGAAGAGGUGGACUCCAAACCUUUGGGUUACAUGCACUGUUAGGAUCAUUGUCUGUGUCUGAGCACCUACCCCUCUCUUAACCCAAGAACAGUUAACCCCCUGAUAACUCGUUAAAGUUGGUUUGGUGUGGGGAGGGGUAGGUGCACAGUUACUCAGCCACUGAUAUUGAUUCCAAUUUUUUUUUUUCUUUCAACAAGUUACAGAGAACUUGGUGCUGAGUUAGGUCUUUAUUUAUAUUAUUACUAGCCAAGGUCAUAUGUGAUAAACUGUCUAUAUACUGUUAGAUAUCAAAAGUGUAAUGUGGAUAAAGAGACUAAUUUGAGAACAAUUUUGAGCUUCUUAAUUAACAAAAGAAAUGUUUCAUUUUUUUCCAAAUCAAGGGAAACUUACAUCUGAUUUGUGGUAUUAACUCAGUCAUUUGAAUUGCUGGAACCUUCAGAGUAUACAAAUGUAAUUACAAUGUACUGGAGACUUUGUACUGAGUUUGUAAUGGAUACUCUAAAAUUCAAUCUGCAGAAAUUUCCAGAAACUGAAGUGAUGAGAUGUCCUGGAAAAGAAGCUAUAGAGUCACAUUUUAUGUCUGCUGUUAAAGAGGUAACUGUUAAGUAAAUGUUUAGUAAUAGUUUAUUAGUUUAGGUAACAAUAUGAAAGAUUUAACCCUUUGCAGCCUAACAUCUGUAUUUAUAUUUUCUAUAACCUUCUUUUUACUGUUUCUUUGUUACUGACAAGGAUAAUUUUCUUAACAGUUGAAGCCUCUUAGGUUGGUGAUCAUUUCCUUUAUUAUCAUGAUCUACGCUAACUUUAAAAAUGAAUGAUUCAACAGUAUUACUGUGUGAAGAAAUUGGAUGCUGGUCACUCUUAGGGUUUUUAGGACAGCUCUGAUCCAUAGUUUUGUUUUCCAUAUUUCUUAUAAACAUUAACAACUAAAUCGGGGUGGUAAACAGUUUUACCCAUAAAUAUGAUUUGGAUAAUUUUGGAUGCAGUCAAUUUUAUUUUUAACAAUUUCUUAUGCCUUGUUAAUGUUUGAAAAUCAUGAACAGAAAGGUUUAGGAUGUUGAUUACCCAAUACAGAUCAUAGUUCUGCAAAUUUGAAAACUUUUGAGGAGAAUAUUUUAUCAAAUAGUUCAUAAUUAUCUGUGAAAAGUAUUUAUUUGUGCAUUCAUUUGGUUAUGUACUUUUCAUUUGCCAGGCAGACAAUUUGAAGCAUAGAUCACAAGUUAUAAACUCAAUGCAGAAGAAAGAUCAUAAGCAACUAUGGCUUGGUUUAAGUAAUGGUGAGUGAAGAAUGUUGUAUUUUGUACAAAAACAUAGUUUUACAAAUCCCAAACACAAGCUCCCUGCAAAAUAUUUGUCCACGUUUGUCACAGUUCUUUUUCUCUACUAGAGGCAGAGAAUUGUUCCUGAGAGAACAAACUCCCCCACUCAGAGGUGAUAAUAUGUAAUAAAGAGAACUGUGUACCAUAUUUACCUGUGAAUAAGUGUUGCAUCUAGGGAUGCAGUACAAUCUUUGAAUAACAGUGUUUUCCAGACAAAUUUGGCUCCUAUUUGUCAGUAUAGGAUGAAAAAGAGUUACUCUGAAAUAAAUUCUGCCUCAAAACAAAUUGCUUAAAUGAAAUUCUAAGUAGUUAGUUGCAAUGGACUGAAACCCCAACUGAUGGGAGUAGCUUUGGUCCUAGAUGCUUAAUGUUAAGGAAAUAGGAUAAACUUCAACCAAAUUAGCCUCCUAGCUUGAAAAUUGACUUGUAAACCUCAUGGGGAACAAAGACUCCAAUUUUGCUGGUUAAAUUCCAAAUAGACUUUAAGAUGUUAUUGUUGACGUAUAAGGCUAUCAAUGGCUUAGCACCUUUUUAUCUCCAGGAACUUAUUAGUCAUAAAAGAAGCAUGUAAUUACAAGUUAUGCUCCAACUGUGAUGGACUGCUACUAAACCCUGUGAAAUUCAAGACUUUAACAAUGUUAGGAGAUCGAUCUUUUGCUGCUGCUGCUCCUUAACUAUAGAAUUCAUUGCCCUAUGCAAUUAGGAGUAUCAGUAGCCCUUCAGUAGCUUCUUUUAAAAAAACACUCAGACAUUUUUAUUUCAGAAAGCUUUUUUGUGAUUUUAUGUACUUUUUAAUCUUGAUUUUAGUAGGUUUUAUGCAGUUUUUUUUUACAAUUUAAGUAGUCUGGGUAAUUUUGAAAUAUUUUUAUUUUUAAGCACUGAUGAAAAUAGCAAUGUUGAUAUCAGCACUAUAUAAGUAUUAUUAUUUUAUCAUUAUAUUUUUAAAUUUCCAUCUCACCUAACAUGUGGCUUCACAGUGCAUUCAUAAGAAACCUUCAACUGCAAUCUAGAAGGAGCAAUUUUAAGCUACAUUCAAUCAUAAUUUUUAGACUUCACCCUUGGUAAUUGCUUUCACUGCACUUAACUUGUGAGAAUCAGUGAGCACAUAUCAUAUGAAUGAUAGUUUGUUUUUAAAUCUAACAGAUAAAUUUGAGCAGUUUUGGGCUGUAAAUCGCCGUCUGAUGGAGAGAACAGGAGAUGAUCCUUACUUCAAACAUAUCCCCUUCAGAAUAUUUCAGGUAAUCUAUUAAAGGCUUUUCCUUGCGUCAGGAUUAUGUCAAUAAAGCGGUCACCCAUUGGGGACACAGAAAACAGUACAAGAGGAUACUUUUUGAUGAACACUUAAAGUACCUUUUAGUGCAAAUAUUUGUGCCUUGGUGAGAUUAGAAUGAUGAUUUAAUUGUUAGAAGCCAAAUAGCAUGCUUAGCUCAUCUUGCCUACUAAAUUUUGCCCUUUUGUAACCCUCAACACCCUAACUGACAUCAGUAUGUGUAUUCUCUACACAUUUCCUAUGGCACUGACAAGGAGAGUUUGUCUAAAAACCAAGAGCUUUCUGAUUUCAGAUAUAUAGAUAAAGAGAUCAAUAGAUGACCUCUAUUUAUACACAAUAAUGUUUUAAAGAUACAAGCUUGUGAGAUUGUGAGAAGAAAGAAGGAAAAUUACAUGUUGUGUAUUAAAUAUUACUUGAAUUCAAAAAUAGAAAAUGUUAUAUAUUGUAACUUCUAAGUAAAAACAAGAUGGGUGUGUAUAAGGCAAGCAGUAGAAGCGGAAAGUAUGUUAAAUUUGAAUUCCUUUAAGUAGUCUGUAGUGAGUAGGUGUUAUUUCCAGAUUAUUGAGACUUGAGUGUCCAACUUCUUGUUCAUAGUCACAAACAGUGUUCCAUAACACAGCACUGCGACAUUUAUUUCAUGUACCGUAAUUUCCGGUCGUUUAUCCGCACGGCCGAUUACCCGCACUGUUGGAUAACCCGCACAUUAUGUUAUUCAACUUAUUGGUGGCGAAAACGUGACAUUAAAGGUGAUACAUUUCAAUCUUUUAGAAGCUGUCUGAUCUAACUUUCGAAAACUUGAAAGCGUCCUUGUUGAGUUUAAAGGUCAAAGAAAUUCAGACGCGUGCACAAUUCUGUGUCAAUAUUAGCAUGUACUUUAUUGAUAAAAUUAUACAGUAAAAACACUAGCGGCCCACGUCCCAAUCUCAACGUUUCAUACUUGACAGAAUGCGAAUUUGUGGCCACAUUUUGUGCGAGCGAUGUUGAUUUGUUGAAAGAAAGCAGGGUGAGUGUUAAAACUUGAAUUAUAAAGUACUGUCGGCGAUUACUGAAAAAGUCGAUAUCUCCGGUUCUAUUGGGCCUAACAAGUCCCUUAAAACGGGAAAAUUCUCUUUAGCUCAAGCUAGUGUUAAAUGGAAAUUUGUUACUAAUGCGCCGGAUAUCUUUGGAUUAUUUUUGUCACCAUCAAGGUUUCGUUUUCACGCGUGCCGAUAGCAAUUUGUUCGUCACGCAACUAAUUAUGCGUGAAAUAAACUCGAGUCGGCAUCAUGUUUUUGUGUCGCUUUGUGGCACUCUUAAUAAAAUUCAUUUGAGAGGUGGAAACGCAUGUUGGUGAUAAGUUUUUUCAAUUCAACUACCGGUAGAUUUUAAAAUUGUCACAUAACCCGCACCUCCCCAUUACCCGCAGUGGCGCGCGUUUAAUGCAAAAUCAACAGAUUACCCGCGGGUAAACGGCCGGAAAUUACGUACCUUGUUUGGAACCUGUGUACCGUUAAAAGGUCAUUUCCCUCAUUUCACAAUCAUUUCUUUUAUUUUCAUGACCUUAAUUUAUGAUUAAAGGGAGAAUUUGCUGGGAUAAUUUAAAUCCCUAUCACUGUUGGGGUGUAAAAGGUUAAAUCAGAACAGAACACUUCUUGAAAUCUCAUAGUAUUAUCCAGCCCAAAAAUAAAGAGAAUACAAACAUACAUGUGUCAGUCAAACUUUCCUUAAUGAAACACCAAAUUCUCUGAACUGAUUUAUAGUGAAAUAUAAGCAUCAGGAAGGGAGUACUGCUAAUUGGAUCUCAGGAGUAUAGGAGUUAAGUCUGCUCCAUUUGAGACUGAGGGUUCCUACUAUUACUGGUAUGAACUGUUACCUCUAGAACUCAAGUGUGGCAGAAGUUAUUAUGGUUUUAUGUUAUGUUUGUUUAUCUUGAAGUGCUGGUGAUUUCCACACAUGCUAAUUGUGUUAUAUAAUUGGGUGCAUUGUAUUUUGCAGCCUGACAAACAGUUUAUCCAGGAGUUGUUCAGACCCCUUAAUGAAAAUGGUAAGUGUCAUCUUCCAUAGAGCUCUGAUUGGAAUGUUUAAGAUUUUUAUCUUCUGUCACUGAAAUACUGCAAAAUUAUUCCCUCAGUCCAUAGCUUAACUACAUUCUCCAUUGUUUCACUUGUACUAAAUACUUGAACCUGUAGAUGUCCUAGGAAUGUAAACUACCCAUGAAGUACUAGAAUGUAAAGGUCUCUAUUGUAGAAAUGUAUGCUCUCACAACUAAAACAAAUUCUCCUCUGUUUGUAUUGAAACCAAAAGAAAAUUUUUCAAUUAGAUAUUAAAAAUUUCAUCUGCAUUCAUUGAUAGGUGAGCAGCACACACUUGGUGAUCUGUUACAUGAGUUUGCUCCUGAGGUGUUUGCUAAUGGCAUUGCAAGGAUAGACAAUGAAUGGAGGAUUGUAAUUCAAGGAAUUGAGCCCCCUCUAGAGACACCUAUACACUGGAUCAGUGAACAUUUUAGUCAUCCUGAUAACUUUUUGUACAUUGUUAUCGUCCGGGUUGUGUAGUGUUAUUGAAGGGGGCAUCUAAACUCAUUUUAUCGUCUUGGAUUGGAAGGGGUAACUCCUAUUGACCACAUUUCAAUCAAGUGUCCCUAAACAACAAUGAUCAUGAUAGCUUAAGAAAGGAAAAUCUAAGAAGCAGUUAAUGAGAACUCAAAGUCAAAACAAGCAUGAUGCCUUUUCCAAAGCUCUCCUGGCCAAAAAAAAGUACCCUUCUUCAGGUAUACUGUACCCUACCUGCAGUAUAUUGUACCCUACCUCCGUUAUACUGCACCCCACUUCCACUAUACUGUACCCUACCUCUGGUAUAUUUGACCCUACCUCUGGUAUACUAUACCCUACCUGCAGUGUAAUGUACCCUAACUCUUGUAUACUGUAACCCACCUCUGAUAUACUGUACCCUACCUGUGGUAUACUGAACACCACAGGUUACCAAGAUAACACUCAUUUGUUUUCUAACUCACAAAAAAUAACUACUCCCAGGCGGUUAUGACGUCCAGGAAAAUUUAAUGAGAGAGAUUUUUUACUCUUCCCUUCUUUGUAUAAAGGAAUUUAUUUUUUUAAUUUAUUGAUAGAACAAUUGUAAAGUAACAGUGACUUUAAAGACAUUUAGAUAUUGAAUGUACGCAAGACUAUCCAUAACAUUCUGGUGUUUUGAUUUAAAGCCCGUGUUCUUCAUAAACCUACUUUUGAAUUCUUCACUUUUGCUCAGAGGUAAACGAAAGUUUUUUUUAUGCACCUCGGGUGCGAAGGAUUCCACGAAGCGUAAAGCUUUCGUUUCGGUUGUAAUCAAAGGCUCUAUGGCUGGUUUUGGAAUGGUGUGUCGGAAAAGACAUCGUGAUGAUAUCCAAGGAGAUCCUGGUAAAAAUGAUUAAAGAGCAAGAGCCAUACCAACGAUUUAUGCAUGAAAAUUCUAACCAAGUGACCUGUCAAUCAUAAGCCACCAAUCAACCGUUGUCAAGAGAAUAUCACCUUAGAGAACUUAUCGAUAGAUAGAUAGAUAG